CCCACCCACUCGUCCGGGUUCAUCCCGAUGCCCGGAUGGUUUCAAUAGAUACCUCUCUAGACUUGGCCGUCACCACCACGCCGCCAAAAGGCCAAAAAGAAUCCUUGUUUUGUCUUACCCCAACUUCCCCAACCCCAACCACCCAGUCUCACCUUGUGAAGGACCGAAACCCAUGUAAUGCAUAGUUAUUCAUCCUUUUACACAUCCUGCAGACUUUUCACUCUCAUAAGAGAAUUUCCCACCAAUCGAGACAUCACUACCCCACUCGCGACAAGGCAACUCGCGCCAUUAUCCGGAGGAAACCCCAGAUAUAACCUGGGGUUGAAUUUACCCAGAAGCUUGAUCGAUCCGUCGGGACCAAUAAUAAUGCUCUAGGUGUGGAAAUCUUCGUUGUAAUGUUGCCAACCUGACCCCAGAUUACGACGCUGCAUGACCUCUUGCCGGCGCUUGUUCCCGCAAACCGCCUGGGGAAGUGGGCGAGAGAAGACCGGCUCUCCGUGGGUCAUGUCCGAUGAGGGGGGGUCUCGGCGGUUGACCGGUCGAUGUUCUUAUAACACCGCGGUUUUGCUGCACUAGACUCGGCGAGCCCGUCUGGCACAAGAACUACACCUCAGCGUGCCUGACCUGCCUGGUCAAACAAUACCAAGGUCGUUUCUGGUAUCCAACCUCUCAAGCUUCGGACAAGGUGAAGUACCCCCAAAAGAAGAUGUCCAACGACAACAUCCGGCCGGCCGGUCAAGCCGCACCGCAGGAUGGGGACCAAAUCCAGACCGAAAAGGGGCCCGAAGCGAGCCACCUCUCCCAGCUGCACGAAGCCAGCAUCGACGACAAGGUGCUCCGGUCGCAGGCCGCCGAGGCCACGGAGCAGGAGCACAGUAUCGGGUUGAUACAAGGAUUCAAGACGUACAAGCGCGCGGCGUUUUGGUCCACUGUCAUCUCGUCCACCGUCAUCAUGGAGGGCUACGACGUGACGCUGAUCGGAAACUUCUUUGGGUACCCAGAGUUUCGGAAAAAGUACGGCGAAUACCUCAACGAAAGGUCAGGCUACCAAAUCUCAUCGCAGUGGCAGCAGGCCUUCAACAUCACCUCGGCGUUUGCCAACAUCAUCGGCGCCCUGCUCAACGGCUACUUUACGUCAAAGUACGGCCACCGCAUGGUCCUGAUCUUCUCCCUCGCGUCGCUCGCCUGCUUCGUCUUCAUCUCCUUCUUCGCGCCCAACGUCCAGGCUCAGCUGGCCGGUCAGAUCCUCUGCAACAUACCCUGGGGGGUGUUCGCCACCACUGGCCCUGCCUACGCCGCAGAGGUGACGCCGCUCGCCAUCAGGGGCUACCUGACGGCGUACGUGAACCUGUGCUGGGUCAUCGGGCAGUUCCUGUCCACGGCGGUGCUGGCAGGGCUGGUGAACCGCCAGGACGAGUGGGGUUACCGCAUCCCCUUUGCCCUGCAGUGGAUCUGGCCCAUCCCGCUCAUCCUGGCGGCGUGGUUCGCCCCCGAGUCACCCUGGCACCUGGUGAGGACGGGCCAGCUCGACAAGGCGAAGAGGUCGCUGGCUAGGCUGUCGGAGCCGCACCAGACCGUCGACCUCGACGCCACCGUGGCCAUGAUGGUGCACACCAACAAGCUCGAGAUGGAGGAGCGCCAGGGCACGUCGUACUGGGACGCGUUCCGCGGCACGAAUCGCCGCCGGACCGAGAUCGCCUGCAUGAGCUUCUUGUCGCAGAUCACGAACGGAGGCGCGCUGUGCUACUCGGGGACUUUUUUCUUCCAGCAGGCCGGCGUUGCAGACGACGUUUCGUACUAUAUCGGCGUCGGGGGCAAGGGCGUGGCUUUCAUCGGGACGGUGCUGUCGUGGGGCUUGAUCUACAGGUUCGGUAGACGGACCAUCUGGAUCGCGGGCUUCACCGGUAUCGUCAUGAUCCUCUGGACCAUUGGGUUCCUGGCAGUCCCGACGAAUCAGACGCUCGCCUUGUCGUACGCGCAGUCGUUCAUGUGUGUCGUCUGGCUGGGCUUGUACAGUUUGACCGUCGGCCCGAUCGUCUACACCAUCGUCUCCGAGAUUGGUUCGACGAGGUUGCGCACCCAGACGGUCGUGCUGGCUCGUACCACCUACUAUCUGGGUAACGUUAUCGGCGGCGGUACGCUGCAACCCAAGAUGCUGGCCCCUGGAGACUGGAAUCUGAAGGGCAAGACUGCAUUCUUCUGGGCCGGCCUCGCAACGUUGACGUGGAUCUGGGGCUACUUCCGCAUGUUCGAGACCAAAGACCGCACCUUUGGCGAGAUGGACGUCAUGUUCCAGCGUGGCAUCUCUGCGCGCAAGUCAGCCAAGUAUGAGCUCACCAGCGACGACAUGUUUUUGGCUCAGGAGCAAGACAACAGACAGGGUAGAGAGAAUGUUAAGAACUGAGGAGCGAAUUGCUCUUUUUCUUCUUCUGCGAAUACCAGACUUUCUGGUUGUUGUUUUUGUGGUUAUUAAUGAGAAGUCAUGAUCUUUGUGCUCGAAUUUGGGCCGCGAUACCACAGAUUAUUAGUUAUUUUUGUUAGUACAUGUGGUUGUAUAAUGAUUACACCCUCUACGUACAGUGUAACGAAUUAAUGACAGUCAAGGGUCGUUCGUAGAUCGACUGCCAUUCAUGAAAUAAAAGUCUUAGUUGGC